GGCAAUCGAAGCAGCCAAGUUGGAUCCCAUCCUGAGCGUGACGGAGGCCGAUCGUCGCAAAUACUGGCUCCGGGUGGACCCUGACCUGAGGAAAUGCCUCCGAGACCUCCACGUGAACUUCGGACACCCAACAAACGUCACCUUGCAGCGGCUUCUCCGAAGGCAAGGUGCGAGGCCAGAAGCGAUUCGAGCUGUUGAUUUUAUGUCCUGCGACUCCUGUGGAGAGACUCACCGGAGGAAGCGGCCAAAGCCAGUGCGACUCCCGAACAAGUACAUCUUCAACAACCACCUCCAGAUAGAUGUCUUUUACGCCAAGGACAUCAAAGGCCAGCUGUUCGGUUUCCUCAACGUGGUCUGUGACGCCACAGGGUUUCAAGUUGUGAGCUGUUUGGGAAGCAACCAAGGGCCUCCCUCUACCAAGGCCGUUCUGCGCCACUUCCUCACCGCUUGGUCAUCGUGGGCUGGCCUCCCGAACUCGAUUCAGGUGGACCGCGGGAAGGAGUACCUCGCGCAUUUCUCUGACUACCUCAAGGCCUACGGUGUGGAACAGGAGGUGGCCGGGCUGGAAGACGUGGUCACUGCCACCGCCAUCGUGACCCAGACGCUGAACUUGCGUGAGUCCGCGAAAGUGGCGCAGAUCAAGCUGGACACCGACGGCCGUGUUAGGCGGACCGAAGACCAGGACCUCCCAACGGCAGGCCCCUGCACCUUUGACGUCACCACGCACUCGGCCGGCAUCUUCCUCACCGAUGCCUACCACGUCGUCGGCGCCUUCGGUGACGAUACCCGGUACAGCCAUUCAGUCAAGCAACCCAUCGAGAAUCAGAGCAAAAUCCAAGGUGGUUCCAGUUCAGACUUCAGCCGCAGGAGAAUGGCUGGCUACUUCGAUGAGUUCGACAACGGCUCGGAGGAAGAAGAGACCGUAGACUACACUGCCCAGGACCCCGCCGACGUGCUGCUCACCGGAAAGGCCGUGAAGUCCGAGAUCAAGCUCAAGGACCUUGGCCCAGACGAGCGGAAGAAGUUCGAAGGUUCCAUGGCAAAGAUCAUCGGCACCAGAUGGGUGCACACUGACAAGAACGCAAAGCCAAGGAUGCUCGCCAACUACCUCCGGAAAAGGACGGGCAAAACCAAGGAGCAGAUCAACAAGGAGUUUCCCUUUGAGCCAAAGUCCCGGAUAGUGGUCCAAGGUUGCCAGGAGGACCCCACCGGGAUAAGGAGCGACAGCCCUACAGCAUCCUUACUGGCCUUCAACCUGGUGUGCGCCAUCUCGGUCCUGAAGCGUUGGACCAUUACAGCUUGCGAUGCCUCAACGGCAUACCUCCAGUCCAAGGGCAUCAGCAGAACUUUGAUUCUACGACCACCUCGACCACCACCUCCUGGCAUCUCCCCUCACGAUCUACUACGAGCUCGCGGAAGCAUCUACGGAACAAAGGACGCAGGGAGAGCCUGGUGGAAGAAGCUGUACAAGACGCUCAAGAAGCACUCUUGGUUGAUGUCUCGCAUCGAGGCUGCCCUCUUCUACCUUGUCGAAGGCGGCCAGCUGAUCGGUGUCAUGAUCAGCCACGUGGAUGACCUCUACUGUACCGGCGAAGGUGAACGCUACGAGGCCACACUGAACGAACUCGAGAAGGAGCUGCACUUGAAGAUCAAGAGAAGCGAAUUCAGGUUCUGUGGAAAGAACGUGAAACAAACCAACGGCGCCAUCGA